AUGAAAAGUUCUGUAGGAUUCGAUUAUCGAGAAAAAGUAAAGAAAAUCAAGAAAAACAGAAUAAUUAAGAAAGCGAAAAUCAAAAAAGAUUAUUUUAAAAAGAUUAAAAAGAAUGAAAAGUUAGAGACGCCAGAAUUUUAUAAGGAGAUAUUUGGACAACAAUCAUCAUCGAUUAAUGAUAGUAAUGAUCAAGAAAUACAUGAUAAUGAGAUAAUAACAGCACAAGAAUUAUCUUCACGUCCGAAGCUACAACAACAUAAAGAUGAUAACGAUAGUCUCUCUUCAUCGUUCGAGAGUGUUGACAGUGAUGACGAUGUCGAAAAAAAGGGAUCCAUCGCAAAAGGAAAAAAGAAAAAAGAUGAUACAAAAACAAACAAAAGAAACUCAUCAAAACCCAAUCCCUUCGAAAAGCGAUAUAAGGAGACCGAACGACUACGGCUAGAAAAACAAGCCAGAAUAGAGGCAUCUAAAAAAGAGCGCGAAGAACAGGCCAAACGUCGUGUCGAUUAUUAUAUGAAUCGUAAACAAACCAAAAAGAAGUUGUUUAAACGCACAGCAAAAGGGCAGCCUGUAAUGAAAAGCCAGAUUGAACAUCUUUUAUCGAAAAUAAAAUCAUCGGUUAAACAAUAA